AUGUUUGCCCGUCAAUGCACUCGUCUUGCCAACUCCCGGACGGCUGUCCCUUUGACCUCGUAUCUAGCCCGAGUCCGGGGUUAUUCUUCAGCUGCCGGGAGCUACGAGCACAUCCUCACAUCAACCCCGAAGCCAGGAGUUGGAUUGAUUACCCUCAACCGACCUAAAGCUCUCAAUGCGCUUUGCACUCCUCUCUUCAAGGAGCUCAACGAAGCUCUAAGCAACUAUGACAACGACAAGAGCAUCGGUGCAAUUGUCAUCACUGGAAGCGAGAAGGCAUUUGCCGCCGGCGCGGACAUUAAAGAAAUGGCACCCCUCAGCUUCUCGGCCGCAUACAGUGAGAACUUCAUCGCUCCAUGGUCCCACCUCGCCAACACAAUUCGAACUCCCGUCAUCGCCGCAGUCUCCGGCUACGCCCUCGGUGGAGGAUGUGAGCUGGCCUUGAUGUGCGACAUCCUGUACUGCAGCGAGAACGCAACAUUCGGCCAGCCAGAGAUCAAAUUGGGCACUAUCCCCGGCGCCGGUGGUUCUCAGCGAUUGACCCGUGCGGUUGGCAAGAGCAAGGCCAUGGAGCUUAUACUCACUGGCAAGAACUUCAGCGGUAAGGAGGCUGGCGAGUGGGGUGUGGCGGCGAAGGUGGUUGAAGGUGGUCAGGAACAGCUGUUGGAGGCGGCUUUCAAGACGGCAGAGACUAUUGCGUCGUACAGCCGUGUUGCGGUUGUUGCUGGCAAGGAGGUUGUCAACAAGAGUCAGGAGCUGUCCCUCAAGGAAGGAGUCGAGUACGAGCGACGGCUGUUCCAUGCUCUGUUCGGGAGCAAGGACCAGAAAAUUGGAAUGACUGCAUUUGCCGAGAAGAAGAAGGCCGAGUGGUCUCAUGAGUAA